AUGGGAAACUGUCUAAAUCGAAGUCGUAUGGUUGUGGUUGCUUCAACAACAACGACAUUAAAAAGCUUAAAUAAUAAACAAUUGCAGUCAGAUCUUAUAUCUUCCCAAAAAUCUCAGAAUCAUUCGCCUAGUACUCAGCAAAAGAUUGGAAAGAAUGAAUUGAUAAAUAAUGUAACAUCACUAGAUCAUUACAACGUAAUGAUAAGUUAUUGUCAUGCCAACCGGAAAAUUUGUCAUCAUUUAGCCGAUCGUUUAAUCGAUUUGGGAUUUCACGUUUGGAUUGAUAGAGAUAAAAUGAGCGGAGAUUUAUAUUCGGCAAUGGCGGAUGCGAUUGAUACCUCCGAUUGUAGUGAACAUAAUUUCAAUAUCCAGUUUGACAAAUUGGUUCCAGACAUACAUACAAAGCGAGGGCCGCCGAUGAAGUUACCAGAACGAGCACCUGUCAGUGUAAAAGAAAAGCACGAGAGAGAUGUAAUUUAUAAGCAAAAAUGUCAAGCUCAAAUAGAACGUGAUGCUGUUUUAGCGGCUGAAAUGAAAAGUGUAUUACAAAUAAUAGAAAUGGAAGUUAUCAAAGAGUACAAAGGUGAUGAUUUUGAUGAAGAGACUAUGGAAAUAGACUUAGAUCUUAUCGAUGAAUUAUUACCUAUCAGACGUUGGCUUAAGAAAUAUCCCCAAGUAACAAUAAGUAAUUUGCUACCGAAGAGCGAAACUAGUGAUGGGAAUGAUGCUCCGUUCGAGCUACCAACCGAUGUGGCGGAAAAACCGACCGUAUAUCUUCGAUCAUGGUUGAAAAACUAUAAAAGAUUUGAAUGCGGCAUAUAUCAUAAUCCUGCUGGACCAUACUAUAGUACCCCUGCUUAUCUUGGCGAUACGCCAAUUACACAAGCGGAAGCGAACGCUAAUUUUCAGGCUUUAAUUACUCGAAACUAUAAAAGAUUUGAAUGCGGCAUAUAUCAUAAUCCUGCUGGGCCUUACUAUAGUACCCCUGCUUAUCUUGACGAUAAGACAAUUACACAAGCGGAAGCGAAUGCUUAUUUUCAGGCUUUAAUUACUCGAAACUGGUCAUUUAACACCUCCAUGACUCAUGCUGAUCGAAACGGACAACAUCCCGGUUAUAUUGGAAAUGACAGAAAAACAGAAAAACAAAUGCAACGGCGAGCGAAGUUAGACAAUCCCAAAGCGAUGAUUAAACGACGACUAGAGCUUGCAAAAUACUUUUUUGGAAACUAUAAUCCAAACGACAAAGAGAUACAGCGUUAUUUAAAGUUUGCGGAAAGAAUGCAUCAGAAUAAAGUCGAAUGGGAUGCAUUUCUAAUCGAAUAUGAAAGUAAACAAAAAUGA